CAUCAACACGCGUCAAGCCCUAUAGUCCGAAGUGCAAACUUUAAAAGCAUACCCCAGUAUGGCUCUGAAAGGAGUGCGUGUUAUAGAGCUGGCAGGGCUGGCUCCGGCACCCUUCUGCGGGAUGAUACUGGCAGACUUUGGUGCAAGGGUGAUCCGGGUAGACCGGACAAAGUUGUCAAUGACUGUUGAUACUCAAGGAAGAGGCAAACAAUCUGUAGCCUUGAAUCUAAAGAGUCCCAAAGGUGUAGAAAUUUUGAAAAGAUUGUGUGUCCAGUCAGAUGUGGUUUUGGAGCCUUAUCGUAAAGGUGUUAUGGAAAAGAUGGGAUUAGGUCCUGAUGACUUAUUAAAAGAGAACCCACGCCUGAUCUACACUCGACUCACCGGCUACGGCCAGAGCGGAUCGUACGCCAAGGCUGCCGGCCACGAUAUCAACUACCUGGCCAUGUCAGGCUUGCUGUCCAUGCUGGGCCGUAGCUCGGAGAAACCCUAUGCUCCACUGAAUUUGGUGGCAGACUUUGCAGGAGGGGGUCUCAUGUGUGCGUUUGGAAUUGUGUUGGCUCUUCUGGAGAGAAGCAGGUCUGGACAGGGCCAGAUCAUUGAUGCGAGCAUGGUGGAAGGUGCAGCGUAUGUAGGCUCCUUUAUGUGGAAGUCUCACAGUAUCGGCCUGUGGAAUCACCCUCGUGGGGAGAACUUGCUGGAUAGUGGUGCUCCGUUCUAUGAUACAUACUGUACAUCUGAUGGAAAGUAUGUGGCUGUGGGAGCCAUCGAGUCUCAGUUCUAUGAACAGCUUAUUCAAGGUCUGGGCUUGGAUGCUGCUGACUUGCCUGCACAAAUGAGUGUAACUGAUUGGCCAGAGCUCAGGCAGACGUUCACCCAGGUGUUUGCCACCAAGACACGGGCAGAGUGGGGUCGGAUCUUUGAUGGGACAGAUGCCUGUGUCACUCCUGUGCUUUCAUUGGAUGAAGUGCUCUCUCACCCCCACAACCAGGCAAGGGGAUCGUUCUUGAAGGAUGCUCAGGGGGAGAUAAGUCCCCGCCCUGCACCCGUUCUGUCCCGCUCCCCUGCGGAGCCCUGCCUCUUGCGUGAUCCCUUCAUUGGAGAGCACACUCGCUCUGUGCUGCAGGAGUAUGGGUUUGAGCAAGCGCAGAUAGAACAGCUUCUGUCUGCUGGUAUCGUAGAGUGUAAUGAAGCAAAAGCGCGCCUAUAAGUUGAAGGGGCUGGUUGGAGAUUCUUUAAAGGGAUAGUUCACUUAAAAAUGAAGAUUCUGUUAUCAUUUACACACCCUCAUGUCGUUCUAAAACUGCAAGAUUUCCUUCUGUGGAACACAGAAGGUGUAUUUUUGAAGAAUAUCCUGUCUAUAAUUGUCCAUAUAAUGAAAGUAAAUGGGGACUGAGGCUGUCAAAUUCAAAAAAGCAUAAAAAGCAACAACAAAAAAGAUAUAAUUUUCUUAAAGGGUUAGUUCACCCAAAAAUUUAAAUGCUCUCAUCAUUUACUCACUCUCAUUUAGAGGUCUUCACGGGUCCAGAAAUUUGUGCCCGAACCCAAAGAGACCCGGUAAUGUACUACUCGAACCGGACCCAUCUAUUAUUUGAAAGCUUGGACCCGUACCAAUGUAGAACUGAGAAAUGCCGGACCUGUCUAUUAUUUGAAAGCUGGGACCCGGACCCGGCCGAUAGACACAGACCGAAUCACAGCUGAUUGCUAUUAACAAGUUAAUUUACAAGUUGUGAAAACAAAAGUUUGUGUCUUACCUAAUGUAACGUUAGUAGCCUGCUCCCCUGUGCCUGGCCGUGACACAUAUAAUCCAUCCUCCUUGCCAAGAAAGUUGGUAAAAUACAUCCAGGUUUUCUGUGAUUCCUCUCUUGCUGAUUGAAACAGCAUAGCUAAUCCACUCAUUAUUUCAGCUUCAAAAGUCCACUUGCUGUCACGGUGAUGGAUGACAAAUGCGACUUGUUUAGAAUCAGCUUUGUAGUUUUUUUGUAUCUCGUAUAAGAUAACUUCGACUGUUUGCCCUUUUGAACUAUAAUAACGAUUGCUCGUUCAUUGCCAUGGCUGCUAACGUUAGCAUUGCUAAUUUGCUAUCGUGUGCCUUCACUCUGCUCUGCCUCUGACGUCACUCAGCUCGUUGUGGCUCUACUCCGUUUUUCACCAUAUUUCCUUACCACACUUUCUCAUUCUAAUUUUACAAUGUUGCAAGUUACAACACACACACACAGCACCAUCAUCAUCAGCGCUGUCUGAUCACGGCCGGGUCUUCUCGUAGCGACUUGGGUAUUACACAUAAUGUUAAACAGACCCAGGACCCGCAGCAAUAGAAUGGGACCUGACCCGACUGACCAUAUAAAACGGGGAUCCGAACCCGUAUGGGUCCCGGGUCGGGUCUCGGGUCCUCGGGUUAGGGUGGACCUGUGAAGACCUCUACUCUCAUGCCAUCCCAGAUGUGUAUGACUUUCUUUCAUCUACUGAACACAAACAAAGGUUUUUUGAAGAA